CUCUCACCCUCCCACCCUUGACACCGACCAGACCAGCCCAAGAUGGCAAACCGGGGUUACGAUGUGGUAGUUGACGUGGACACCGAGGGCGACCUCGGCCAUACCGACCUUCAGGAGGACCUCGAAUUCCACAGUUCCAACUUCGAAUCCGACCAACGAACCGCCAAAGCCCAAGCCGCCAGCGGCGGCGUCGGGCUAACCAACAGCUCGUCCUCGCGCGGCCGCGACCGGUCCCCAGGGGGAACGCCGACGAAGCACGCGUGGUGGUCGAUCCACUACUACAGCCAAUUCUUCGACGUGGACACGAAUGAAGUGCUGCGCCGAUGCGUCGCGACGGUGUACCCACGGAGCAACUUCCUGGACGUGCUGGAAGGCAACCCGGACCUGUACGGGCCGUUCUGGAUCGCCACGACCGUGGUCGUGAUCCUCUUCCUGACCGGCACCAUCUCGCAAUGGCUCUCCAACAACGACGACGAGCACUUUGAGUACGACUUCACGUUGCUGUCGGGCGCCGCCGGCUUGGUCUACGGGUACACGGGCAUCAUCCCGAUCGCGCUGUGGGGGGCGCUGAAGUGGUUCGGCAGCUCCAGUGCCGAUCUGGUCGAGGCGUGGGCGCUCUACGGAUACUCGAAUCUGGUGUGGAUUGCUGUGGCCCUGGUCAGCUGGAGUCCGUUGACGGCGCUGAAUUGGGCGCUGGUGGGCGUCGGCUUUGGGUGGACCGUUUUCUUCCUUCUGAGGAAUUUGUAUCCCGUCUUGAGUGCCACGGAUGCGAAGGCUAGUAAGAUUUUGCUCGUCUUGGUGGUCUUGUUGCAUGCCGGUUUUGCGUUGGCGAUCAAGAUUUUGUUCUUCGCGCAUGGAAGUCCGGUCUCGAAGAAGAACGAGGAUCACGAUGACGACCACCACGAUGACAGGCGACGCAUGCUCGGGCUUUAAGAGGGACGAGCGAGGGAACGCGGAGGCGGAGGCUUACCCCGGGCUUGGGUUGAGCUUGUUCAAUGCUAUGCUCACCAUGACCGCGACCACGACAUCGCUCAGGCAGCAUGAUGUCAACGUCACCUUGCGGAUUAUGUGCCAUCACUUGUCUUCUUUCCCCACAUGUUUUUUUUUCUCAUUGACUUAUUGUUUCUUAUCGUCUGCCGUGCGUCUGUAUCUGUAUGUGUGUGUAUCUACUCCAAAGAAUGCGACGAAAGG